AUGACUCUAAGUUUAAUAGGUUAUUUGAAAUUUCUAAGAGGCACUUAUUUAAGAGACUUUAGUGGGGCUUCCUUAACUAUUGUUUGUGGUAACCAAAGUGCAGAUUUGGAUUCCGUUGUUUCAUCUUUAGCUUAUGCCUACUUAAAUUAUGUUAAAUAUCCUCAAAUCCCAAUAAUACCUAUUAUCAACAUACCAAAACAAGACUUAAAAUUGAGAAAAGAUAUCAUUUAUGUUUUAAAUAAAACUGAAAAUAUUGCCAGUGAAAAUGAUUUGUUUUUCAUUGAAGAUAUCCAACAGUUAAAGUCACAUUUUAAAGGGGUGAAUAUUGAAGCAAUUCUAGUUGAUCACAACAAACCACAAGGACAGGCAAACGACAUUAUUGAUAGCGUUAUUGGUAUUAUAGACCACCACGAAGACAUGAAGAUUUCACGGGAAAAUAUUAAGAAAUUUAAUGGGCCAGAUAUUAUCCAAGUUGCUGGUUCUUGCUCUUCUUUAGUCACAAAUUAUUGGGUCAAACAGUUGGGUAAUGUUGAUGCUUUAAAACCAAUUUCUGAAUUAUGCUUGUCUGCUGUCUUGAUUGAUACAGCUAAUAUGAAGUUUAAAGUUGAGACACCAGAUAUUGAAGCUUUGAAAGUCUACAAAGCCACUUUACCCCCUACCUACGGCAUUGAACAGUUCUAUACCGAUAUUAAAAAAAAUAAAGAUAAUUUGGAUGGUUUAUCAUUAUAUGAUAUAGUGAGAAAAGACUACAAAGAAUUUAAUUUUGAAUAUAAAAACAAAAAUGUAUUGUUAAAUGUUGGUAUUGCAGCAAUAGUUAAGCCCGUCCCAUGGUUGCUUACUAAAUUUGGGAUCGAAGAUUUCCAAAAGACCAGUUCUGAAUUUGGCAAACAUUUGGAUGUUUUUAUUAUUCUGACCAGUUUUAAUAAUUCAAAGGGUCAAUAUGAGAGGGAAUUCUUAAUUAUGGGAUCAAAAAAUGAAAUUUUGGAUCAGAUUCAGGACAAACUUGCCGACAAAUUGGAAUUAAGAAAAGUAAGCAAUGUGGUGCCAGCUGUUUUGAAUGUAAGAUUGUUCAAUCAAUUAAACACCAAAGCUAGCAGAAAACAAAUAGCACCAUAUAUAGAAGAGGCGCUGUGCUCAUGA